CAGAAUCGUCUGUCCACGGAAUGUUUCCUUCCCAUGCUUCUGCCGCAAUGAACACAAGGAAAGCAGACACUGCCCUCUUGUUACUCUUGGUCUCGGUGCUGGCAGCAGGGUCCCAAUCUCCCAGCAGAGAAGCAUCCAAGGAGCAGCCUGACACAGAGCUCCUAAAAUGCCCCAGCUCAUGUGCCUGCAGCUAUGAUGACUACAGCGAGGAACUCAACAUCUUCUGCAGCUCCCGGAACCUCACACACCUCCCAGAAGACAUUCCCAGCAACGUUAAGUCAUUAUGGCUGGAUGGGAACAAUUUCCUUUCUGUGCCAGCUAUGGCCUUCAGGAAUCUUUCCAACCUGGACUUCCUUAACCUGCAGAGCAGUCAGCUGGCGAGCAUUGAGCAGCACGCCUUCCAUGGCUUAAAGGGCCUCUACCACCUGCACCUGGAACGGAAUAGGCUGAAGCAUUUGGCACCAAACACUUUCCUUCACACACAGAACCUCGCCUCCUUGAGCCUCAACAACAACCACUUCAGCAAAAUCGAGGAAGGCCUGUUUGCUGGGCUCUCCAAUCUCUGGUACCUGAACCUUGGGUGGAACUCACUAGUGGUGCUGCCUGACAGAGUGUUCCAUAACCUGCCUAACCUGAGGGAACUGGUCCUAGCUGGGAACAAGCUGCCCUACCUGCAGCACCAAAUCUUCUGCAGUCUCAGUGAGCUGAAGGAGCUGGAUUUGAGUGGGAACUUGCUCAAGGGCAUCAAGCUCAAUAUCUUUGUCAAGCUACAGAAACUACAGAAGCUUUACCUGAACCACAACCAGAUCAAUGCAAUUGCCCCACGUGCAUUCAUGGGAAUGAAGUCCCUCAGGUGGCUAGACCUCUCCCACAAUCGUCUCAUCUUGCUCUUUGAAGAAACAUUCCUGGGCCUUUUGAGCCUGCACGUGUUGCGUUUAUCCAGUAAUUCAAUCACCAGCCUGAGGCCAAGGACUUUCAAAGAUCUCCAGUUCCUGGAGGAGCUGCAGCUGGGACACAACAGGAUCAGGAGCCUGGUAGAAAGGACUUUUGAUGGGCUAGGCCAGCUGGAGGUCCUUACACUGAACAACAACCAGAUUCAAGAGAUCAGGGUGGGGGCAUUCCUUGGACUCUUUAACGUCGCAGUGAUGAACUUGUCUGGUAACUGCCUCAAGGCACUUCCUGACUAUGUCUUUAAGAGCCUAACCAAACUGCAUAGCCUUCACCUGGAAAACAGCUGUCUCAGCAGAAUCAGGCCACAAACUUUCUCCAGCCUUUCCUGCCUCCGGAGGCUCUUCUUGCAGCACAACACCAUAUCCAUGAUUGAAGACCAGAGUUUGAAUGACCUGCAUGAUCUUUUGGAGUUGGACCUUAAGCACAACAGGCUGACCCAUCUCUCCCCCAACAUGUUUGUAGGCCUGAAUAACCUGGAAUACCUUCUCCUUUCCUCCAACCAGCUCUUGGAGAUCUCUCACAACGCUUUCAGCCCACUUCAGCGUCUCUUCUGGCUCGACCUCUCCAACAACCAUUUGGAGAUGCUGGACAACACCACAAUUACCCCCUUAGCAAACUUGCGGUAUCUUAGUAUCAGAAACAAUUCUCUGGAAACCUUCUCAGUUGGUUCUCUGGGCCCUUCACCUGUGCUGGAGCAGCUGUGGCUGGAAGGAAACAAGUGGCACUGUAAUUGCUCACUGAAGGAACUGAGAGACUUUUCCUUGCAGCAUCCCACAGUGGUUCCACGUUUUGUACAAUCCCUUACGGAGGGGGAUGAUUCCCACACACCCGUGUACGUGUACAACAACUUGACCUGCCUAAGCCCACCAGACCUGGCAGGCCUUGACCUGAGGGAAAUCAGUGAAGAUCACUUUGAUCACUGCUAACUAACACAUUUCCUCUUUACAGAGGACUUUCUGCUUUCUAUAGUUGGCAGCAUUAGACACAUACUUGCACAAGUUCAGGUAGAAUCUGGAGAACUACUUUCCUAUGGGCUAAUAAGUAAAAGGGUAUAGCUAUCUGGCAUCUCAACCACCUUCCCUGAUCUCUUUACCAAGCUCACCAGGGUAGCAGUCCAAAAUAGCAUGUUCCACCAUUAUCCAAGGAGACCAAUAUGAUUGCACAGCACUCUUUAGCUUUCUCUCUCCAUGCUGUACCAUUACUAUAUUUGUAUAGCUGCAGUUUUCAACAGAACCAGCAUACCAGCUUUGGCUGAGCAGCCGGGGUAAACAGGUUCUUUGGACUUUGCAAUUACCUUUGGGCUAUUUGAACUUAGCAUUGUGAUUCAGAGCCAGCAUUCCUUUGCCCAGCUCUGAAAAGUGAAGGAAAGAAUGGGUGUGUGAGAAGUUAUGAGUGGACAGGAGCUUUCUCUGAGGGCUGUUUUCCAAUUCCAAAAUUAAAACUGAUUUUAAAGAACCCAAACAAAUGAUCAUAGUACAAUAAGAGUCUGACUGAAAAGCCAACCUGAAAGGGUAUUGCCACUAAGGUCCAGCAUUUCGGUCUCACUCCUGAGCUGGGAGCAAUGGAUAGGCAACCUGUCUAGCCACCAAGGAGCAAGGAACAUCUCAUAUUAGUUUUUUGUAGCAACCACUCCUGGUUAGCAGAGGUGCUGUUGUCAAUGGAUCAUGGAGACAACCCUCCUUAAUGGAAAAAUAUCACUGCAACAUGAGGACCUCAGGUUGGGGAGAGCAAAUGGAGAAACCAAGAUCCUCUUGAGCUAGGGGAGGAAAGUCUGGGCCACAGUGCUCAUUAGUGGGAAUGCUGAUAAAGUUAAAUAUCAUUGCCCCAGAAUCAGCCCAGUUGUGACUAGGUAAUGCAAGCAGGGGCUUCAUCCCAUCUGUACUGCAGUAGCUUGGAGCAGUGGUUGUCAACCUUUUCCAUUCUGUGUGACCCUGCGUUGCAAUGCAAAAAAGUUUCAGGAACCCAUAAAGCAUUCUGUGAUUGUACAACAUCAAACACAAUGGGGCCUGAUCCAUAACUAGGGCCCCAGGUGCUACCAUAAUGGAAAUAAUAAAGGGAGGAUGACCAUGACCCCCCCAAAACCUGUUCUUGAAUUCCAGUUGAGAACCCAUGGCUCACAGGAGAGGAAGUCAAGGGCAGAGCCUCAUCAGUAAUAUCUGGUCACUGAAGCCAGGUAUCGUGUAAAGCUUAGGGAAAAGGCUUGAAAAACAGACACCCGACCUGUAGUUUUAGGAGAGCAGAGCGCACAUGAAAAUGGGUUACUGGAAUGGGUUACCUAGGGAGGUGGUGGAAUCUCCUUCCUUAGAGGUUUUUAAGGUCAGGCUUGACAAAGCCCUGGCUAGGAUGAUUUAGUUGGGGAUUGGUCCUGCUUUGAGCAGGGGGUUGGACUAGAUGACCUCCUGAGGUCCCUUCCAAUCCUGACAUUCUAUGAUUCUAUUCUAUGACAAACUUUUAACAGCUCCUUGCAAUGGCAGAUUUAGGCAGGUUUAAGAAAAGCCAUGCACAUCAACUCCCUGAUAAAUCACAGCAGGCAAAUAAACCUUUGGAGCUACUGCUGCUCAUCUUGUGAUUUUUUUUUUUUUUAAUUUUGUACCUCAACUAGUUAGAAUUCUUAUAAAAAAAAGAGUUGUGCUUGUGAGCAGCAGACACUGUUUAAAGUCUCAGUCUCUUGCCAUUUCCUGCCUACCUUAAAAACCUCCACCACAAGCAAAGCUAGAGCUUGUUACAGAGAAAUUGCUUUCAGACUUCAUUAUUUAAGUUUGAUAGAUGUUUUUUUUCAAAGUGGUGAAGUGACUUAGGUGCACAAAUCCUAUUGAUUUUAGUGGGACUUGUGUUCCUAAGUCUCUUAAGCAUUUCUGAGAAUCCUAUCCUGAGUUCAAUUGCAAUCAAAAAGAUGAGCGGUCUGAUCCUGCUCCCACUGGAGUCCACAAGAGUUUGCAAAAUCAGUUCCUCAAGGAGUCACACUUGGAUGCAGAUUGCCAGGCAGAUACCAGAUCACCUCGGUUGCACCCAACAGGCUAUAAAAAGGUGGAAAAUGUUAUGAAAUGAUCUCAGCCAACCAGAGUGUAGGGAUACUUGGCUCAUUACUGCCCACAGGUGUUUAAUUAUGCAAAUCCCUGCACUUAGAUUGGUAAAGGAAGGUGCUGGUUGCAAUAAUAUAUAUAUUUUAUAACUGCAAUGUGCUCUAAUAGAGUGCAGGUAUCUGCAGUGCUGUUUCUCCUAGCUGCUCACAGAACUCCACCUGCACAUACUCCAUACAAAUGGCUGACUCACCCCUACAAACUAGUACCCUGCCCCCUUCACUCAGCUGCUUCUUACUCCUGACAAAAGCUAAACCCACUCCCCAGCCCUUUACCCUGCUGGUUUAUUUCAGGGAGUGCUCAUUAUGUACUUGGCCCUAAGCAGCAGGCUCAGGUCAUGCCCCAAGAACAAAGGUGUACAACAUACUGAAUAAGCAAAGUGGUCAAGGUGGUUCUUGACAAUUUCUUGGUAAUAGAAAGAAAUGCCCACUGCUGACAUGUGCAGGAUUCUGAAGGAGAUGAGCUUGUACCUAAUGGAGUGGGAGACAAUGGGAAUAUUCACAAAGGGAGCAACAUACACAGAACAAAUAAAGAAGAGGAUCUUAGCAGCAGCGUUUUGUCUGGAAUGGAGGGAACCAGGUGUGUGCCAGGAAAGCCAGAGAGGUUUCAGUAGACAAGGCAAAAGAUGCCAAGGCAUGGACUAGAAUUUUGGUGACAUGGACAGAAAGAAAAGACUGGAUCUUAGUGAUAUUACAGAGGAAGGAGGGAGGAUUCAAACCCAGCCUGGCUGUGUGGAGCAGGGUAAAGGGAGGAGGCAAAGAGAACCAGAGAUCAUAGGCUUGAGUUAGCAGAGGCUGGUGGUAGAGAAUGGGGUAGCAGAGAGGAGUUGGAAGAAGGUAAAGUUCAGUUUAAGCUAGCAACGAAACAGUCAGAUGAUAGAUGUGCAGACUUUGAAUCUGUCUUCACAAACAUUUAAUUCACCGCAAGCUGGGGUGUAAAUCUACCGCACUAGCCUGCCACAUUUUUGCAGUCUGUGCGAACCCUGGUGACAUGCACUUUGGUCUAGUCCUGUUUCAAAGAGGACCAAAUCAAAGCACAUCAACAAACUGUUACCAGGCAGCAGCAGGGUCCAUGUAGUCAGUUAGUUCACGGCAGGCUAGUGUGGUGGAGAUUCACUCUAGAGCUCUGCCCAGGACUAUUUUUUUAAACCUGCUCUAGUAUCCACUCCCACCUGAUUCCACUUUGUUUCUUGUAUUUUUAUCCCGCUCCCACUCACAAAAACCUUAGAUCCCGCAAAUCCUGCAAGAGAGAGAUUCCCUCAUGCUACAAAAAAAACACACCAAACAAAAAAAAGUUUUUUUAUUAUAUAUUAGGGCUGUGUAGCGAUUAAAAAAAUUAAUUGUGAGAUUAAUUGCACUGUUAAUAGAAUACCAUUUAUUUAAAUAUUUUGGGAUGUUUUCUACAUUUUCAAAUAUAUUGAUUUCAAUUACAACACAGAAUACAAAGUGUACAGUGCUCACAUUUUUUAUUACAAAUAUU